UCUGAAUGGUCACUGAAACGCAGCGUGAGGGAAGUGGAGGCAGGACAGCACGGAUCAAUGGACGCUUCCUCCCAAACAGAGCAGUGUGGAGCCUUCAGCAGAUGUGGAGCGUAAUUUUCCCCUUAGAGGAGGCAUCCACAGCGAGCUACACCCUUCAGAAGUCAGCAGGCCUAGCUGUGUUUGCUUCAGGGAUUACAUUAUUACCACACCAGAGGCCUUCCAGACACACUCACUGCAUCGCCACACAAGUCAUCCAAGCCAAUUAUGGAAAAGAGGAGAAGAGCCAGAAUCAACGAGAGCUUGGGGCAGCUGAAAACUCUCAUCCUGGAUGCGCUCAAAAAAGAUAGCUCCAGACACUCUAAACUGGAGAAGGCGGACAUCCUGGAGAUGACGGUGAAGCAUCUCCGGAACCUCCAGAGGGCUCAAAUGACCGCUGCCCUGAACACAGACCCCACUGUCUUGGGAAAAUAUCGUGCCGGUUUCAGCGAGUGCAUGAAUGAAGUCACUCGGUUCCUGUCCACCUGCGAAGGUGUCAACACCGAGGUCAGGACGCGGCUCCUCGGCCACUUGGCCAGCUGUAUGACCCAGAUCAACGCGAUGAACUACCCCAGCCAGCAGCAGCACCAACACCAGCUCCCCUCCACCGCCGGACCAACCCACCCCUCCUUUGGCCAGUCCAUGGUGCAGAUCCCCAGCUCAUCCCCACAGGUCCUGCCCAUGAACCCGGUGUCCUGUAAAGGAGGCUCGUCGCCUGCUAAUUUACCCUCAGACGCCACCAAAGUGUACGGCGGUUUCCAGAUCGUGCCUGCCACAGACGGACAGUUUGCAUUCCUCAUACCUAAUGCAGCGUUUGCUCCAAACGGCCCCGUUAUCCCCGUGUACGCCAAUAACGUCGGCACACCGGUCCCUCUACCGGCUGCGGUUUCCCCGGGAGCCCCGUCAGGCAACUCGGACUCAGUGUGGCGACCCUGGUGAAAAGUUGAAAAGAACCAUACAGACUUUAAAAUGACACUUAAUAGUUUUCUCUUUGUUAAAGUUUAGACUGUUGUUUUGAAUCUGUUUUUUUUCUUCUUCUCGUAAAAUUGAAAGAGUAUGCACUAUAUUUGUACAGCUAACAAGGGAGUAAAGUUCAUAUUGAAAUGAGAUUUGUAUUGUGGAAGUCCGUUCACUGCAUUUUUUUUUAUAUAUAUAUUUGAGUUGUCUUUUUUUACUGUGUGAUGCCAAAGAUAUGUUCAAUGCUCUUAUGAAGAUCUUCGUUUUGG